AUGCACCCGACGUCCAAGAGAAGUCGCGGUCAGUCCUCUCCAUCACGAUGGAUAGUUGCCUUGGUGGAGAAGAUUCGAAAGCAGGCCAUCGCUGACUUCGAGCAACCCCUGUGGGAGCUGACUCUGGACGAGGCCGACCCGAACUCGAAGGCAUGGCUUCACGGGCCUCUCUCCUUGGAGGAGGUCAGGCAGCGUUUCGGUGACAAAUGGUGCCCUUGCAGAAGAUUCGCGGUAUGGCAAAAGAAGUGGCGACCUAUCGACGAUCUCAGCGAGAACAAUGUCAACUCGACAUUUGGAGCUUUCGAGAAGGUUGCCUUGAGGGCCCUCGACGAGAUUGUGUGGGUCUGCUCAACGAUCUUUCGCUACGCCUCAUCCCGAGGAGAUGUUUCUUUGACUCUUUCAGAUGGCACUUGCCUGAGUGGGAAAGUGCAUGCCAUGUGGGAGCAGGGUGACCACAUCAGGCCCCUCACGAAGACCUACGACUUGAGGUCUGCUUACAAGCAGCUGCCGCUGCACCCAGAAGAGCAAAGGAAGGCUGUCAUCAUGCUGCGGGAACCUGGGACCCGUGAGCCCAGAGCCUUUGUAUGCCGGACCCUACCUUUCGGGUCUGCGGCUUCGGUUCUGCAGUUCAACCGGGUCUCUUUGCUGCUUAGGCGCAUCCUCCUUGAGGUCGACGUGCUUGCAUCCUGCUACUACGACGACUACCCUUGCACUUCGCCUAAGUGUCUUGCAGAAGCCACUGAUGGCUGUGCCCAUGCAGUCUUCACUCUUUUGGGUUUUGAGACUUCGGUGGACAAGGAAUGUAGCUUUUCUACGCAAACCGAGCUGCUGGGUGUCACCCUUGAUACUUCCGAUCAAGGGUAUCAGGCUGUCCGGGUAGCAAAUAAGCCAGACCGUGCCAGCGCCAUAGCUGAGUCACUCGAGAUGGUCAUGCAUCAAGGGAGAGUGAGGGUGGCCGAGCUUCCUGCCCUUUUUGGCAGGCUCCAGUUUGCCGAAUCACAGCUCUUGGGAAGAUCCGGCCGUCUGGCGCUGGCUGACCUUCGCAAGCUUGAGGCUGCGAAUGCUGUGAGUGUGCCCUUAAUGCCCCAUCAUCUUGAAGCCUUUGCUCUUCUCUUGCGCCGCAUGCGCUCCGGACCGCCCCGAAGCAUUUCCACAGCGGGCGAUCUUUCGCCCGUGCUUGUCUUCACCGAUGGUGCAUGCGAACCCAAGGGAGAUAAGUUCGAGUGCAGUGUGGGGGGCUUGCUAAUCGUUCCGGGCUCCCGCCCGACGAUGAAGGUCUUUGGCUGCCGAGUGCCAGAUUCAGUUGUGCAGGUGUGGGCAGAGGGAAGGAAACACAUCAUAGGGCAGACCGAGCUGUAUGCCGUGGUCCUCGCUCGAGUGCUUUGGAGUAAUGACCUGUCAAAUCGUAGGGUUGUCUACUUUAUCGACCAUUCAGGCGUGCAGGGCGCAUGCAUGACCGGGACGUCAUCCGACUCAUCCUGGAGGCAACUUCUUAUGGCCUUUGAAGUUGCAGAUGAAGCGAGGCCUUGCAUGUCCUGGUUCCAUCGAGUUCCCAGCCACUCAAAUCCAGCUGACCCCCCCGUCCAGAGGCCGUUGGCAUGA